GGAAAUAGAAGGAGAAGAAGAAAGGAUGUGACGUAGCUGUAGUUGACGUGAAAUGGCGACUAUCGUGCGUUAGUCAAAACAGGGACAAGCUCAAACACAGAGCAGGACAUAGAAAACUUGUGAAUUAUCAACCGCUUUGUUAUCUGUUGGAUCUUACCAAGGUUCAGCCAUGACCGAGCAGGCAACUGACGUCGUUGGCGUCGGCGUCAGCUCGGAGGGCAUCGUGGGCCUGGAUGAGCCCAAGAAGAUGACCAGGGAGGACUGGAGGAAGAAGAAGGAGCUGGAGGAGCAGAGGAAGCUGGGAAACGCUCCAGCUGAGGUGGACGAGGAGGGAAAGGACAUAAACCCUCACAUCCCACAGUAUAUUUCAUCGGUGCCAUGGUACAUCGACCCAUCCAAAAGGCCCACUUUAAAGCAUCAGAGGCCACAAGAUGAAAAUGAGGCACAAUACUCAUCCAUUGGAGAGUGGUACAAGAGAGGCGUGCAAGAGAAUGCUGUCACCACGAAAUUUCGUAAGGGUGCUUGUGAAAACUGUGGUGCCAUAACACACAAGAAGAAGGACUGCUUGGAGCGACCCAGAAAAGUUGGGGCCAAGUACACAGGCACCAGCAUAGCUCCAGAUGAACACAGCCAGUUACAGCUUGACUUGGACUACGAUGGGAAGCGAGAUCGCUGGAACGGGUAUGACCCUGAGGAUCAUCAGCGCAUCGUGGAAGAGUACGCCAAAGUAGAUCUGGCCAAAAGGACACUGAAGGCACACAAGCUUCAGGAUGAGUUGGCCUCUGGAAAACUGGACCACGCUGAGCGGGAACACGACAGUGAGGAUGAGGAUGAGGAUAAAUAUGCAGACGACAUUGACAUGCCUGGUCAGAACUUUGACUCCAAGAGACGAAUCACUGUUAGAAAUCUGCGUAUCAGAGAAGACACCGCCAAAUAUUUGAGGAAUUUGGAUCCAAAUUCAGCAUAUUACGAUCCAAAGACUCGAGCAAUGAGAGAGAACCCCUACUCCAACACUGGCAUGAACCCUGACGAGGUUGGGUACGCUGGGGACAACUUUGCUCGCUAUAGUGGGGCCACCGUCACCAUGGCUCAAACACAGUUGUUUGCCUGGGAGGCCUAUGAGAGAGGCUCUGAGGUGCAUCUGCAGGCUGACCCCACCAAGCUGGAGCUGCUCCACCGCUCCUUUAAGGUCAAGAAGGAGGACUUCAAGGAGAAACAGAGGGACAGCAUUCUAGAGAAGUAUGGUGGUGAAGAGCACUUGGAUGCCCCGCCACGGGAGCUGCUGUUGGCCCAGACGGAGGACUACGUGGAGUACUCUCGACAUGGUGCUGUGCUGAAGGGGCUCGAGAAGGCCGUGGCUCGCUCCAAGUAUGAGGAGGAUGUGCUCAUCAACAACCACACUUGUAUUUGGGGCUCUUUCUGGAAGGAUGGCUUCUGGGGAUACAAGUGUUGUCACUCCAUGGUCAAACAGAGUUAUUGCACAGGAGAGACUGGAAUUGGAAUUAACUACACAGACUGUGUUCCAUUUGAAGAGGGACUGAUGGAGCCACAGGAGGAAGAAGAGCCCAAGUCCCUGCUGGAAAUGCAUCGAGAUAAAAUGAUGAAAGAGAAGAAGAAGAAAAAGAAGAGCAAGAAGAACAAGAAGCACGGCUCUGACGGCAGCGAUUCCGAAGAUGAAGAGAAGAAGAAGAAAGAGAAGCUGAAGAAGGCACUAGAAGCUGAGGACAAGUGGGUGAAGCACAUCGAGAAAAAUGCAGGUGGACGAGAGGGAGAGCCGUACAACAGCUUGCAGGAAGUGAAGGCGCCACUGAGGAAGGGUUGAGGCCUUCCGCAGAAACGCUGCCGGGAAGAUGACCCAUGGCUCCCUCUUAGGACAGUGGCAGCUGACUCUCCUCAGACCUUUACCAGAGCUGGUCGGGGGGGGGGGGGGGGGGGACAUGUCUCAACUCGCCUCUUGUUAAACGUGCAGCAUGAGGCUUCUGUUUGGUUACCAAUGUGACUGAAACUGUGUACAGUGUUUUGUUAAUUUUAUUUUUUUAAUACUUUUUUGUUUUUGAUGCCACAGGUUGAUAGAAAAGUAAAAAAUUACAAAUUUCUUAGAUUUUAGAGCCUGCUUCGGUCUCUGUCAUUUGAGGAACGUAACUGUUUUGAGUGGGAUUAAUGCAUCAUUUUUAUAAUAAAUAUAUAUUCGCCAGAAUA